CUCCAGUCAGGACGCAGCCAUAUGAGGUGAGCCUGGCCUGCUCGCGGUCACAUUGUGGUGGUCAGCUAACGGAGGCGUAUUAUCUUACGAUGAUAUCAGCUAGCUAGCUGGCUAGGUAGCUAACGUAGUUUGUCACCGCAGCCUUAAUCAGAUUUAGCCAGCUAGCCUGCUACCCAGUCAGGUCGAGGCUGCUGGCGGAGGAGGGGAUAACUACAUUUAUCGUCACCCAUCAUGUCGAAGUCGUUCCGUUAUUUCUAGCUAGCACUGCAGGCUAGCGCAGCUCAUAGUGGCAACCAAAGCGUGACUAAUCGGUCGGUUUAUUUGAAAAACAAUACAAAUGGAGCAGUGGCAGGACGCGGCCUCUCAGCAGUUCAAGCUGCUGACACAUCGUCUGAAUGAACUGCUGUCCACAGGGUUGGGGCUGCUGCGCUCCGAGCUCGGGGUGGAUCUGGGACUGAAGCCUGAGCUUAUCCCACCAUGGGUGAUCCUCUUAGCGGCGUGUACCGGGCUGGUGCUGAUGGUCGCUCUGUGGGCCUCAACCUGCCGGUCUCUCUUCAAGAAACGACCCGCCGAAAGCGCCCUGGACGACGGCAUUGAAGUGAAGCGGGCUGUCAGUAAACCUGUCAAAUCCGAAGAGCCGAAGAAGAAGAAGAAAAAGACAGAAAAGAAAGCCCAGCCGAAUGGGAGAGCUGUUGCUGAGCCACAGGAAGAAGCCAUAGCGUCGGAAGAGAUAGUGCCACAUCACCAGCCGCCGACAGCAGGAGUCAAGGCUGAAAAGGUUUCGGAGUUAAAGAAAUCCAAGAAGAAGGCCAAACAGGCUGUUAAGGAGCCAAAGAAAGUGACUGCAGAUGGCAAAGAACCGGAAGAAGGCACAUGGGAGACCAAGGUCAGCAACAAGGAGAAGCGUGAGCAACGCAAGAAGGAUAAGGGUUCCAGUGAUGGCUCAGCCAGUCCUGGAGGAGGGGACACGCGUGCGAGCGCUUCCCCAGAGCAGCCCAAGGCCUCUGCAGCCUCCACGUCUGCCAGCCAGAAGAAGAAAAAAGGAGAAUCUGCAAAGGUGAAGACAGAGAAGGUUGAGGCAGCUGUAUCUCAAGUUAACAGCAGUGAGGUGGUAGCGGUGGCUGCUGCUGUGAAGGACAUGGCUGUAAAGGUUCCUGCUCCUGCUCCGAAGACGGGCCCCUGGACAACCAGUAGGGAGCCAGCAUCACUGUGGAGAGCGGAGAUUGAUGAGUCGUGGACUGUGAUUGACAGGGCAGAGCAAAAUCUGGUGUCUUUAACUGGACUGGGUGUUGGUACUGCUGAGCCCCAGCCUGUGAGCAACCUGCCCUGGCUCAGUCAGCCCAGAGUGGACGACGAGUGGUCUGGACUCAAUGGUGGUUCAGUCGACCCGAGCUCUGACUGGAACGCCCCCUCUGAAGCCUGGGGCAACUAUGAAGAGCCCACUCCUGCGCCCCCUCCCGCUCUGGAGCAACCCUCCCCUGAGCCCGCUAAGGUUGAUCUGUUGAUUGGAGCUGCUGACGAUGAUGAAGAUGAGAAGGACAAGGGAGAGAAUGCCACUGAUGGAGCUGCUAAAACUAAAAAGAAGAAAAAGAAGAAGAAGAAGGCCGGUGAGGAGGGAGGAACAGCUGGCCAGGGCGAGGAGCCAGAGAAGGAGGCGGCCUCAUUGAAGAAGGAGGCGGCACCUGCAGCCUCAUUGAAGAAGGAGGCGGCACCUGCAGCCUCAUUGAAGAAGGAGGCGGCACCUGCAGCCUCAUUGAAGAAGCAGCCGCCCGUUCAGGAGAACGCUGCUGCCGUCCAGCCUGUCAAAGCAGCUGCUUUAGAGGCGAGAGUGGAGCAACCAGUAAAAGACAACAUAUCCCAGAAACCCCCUGUCACACAAGUGCCACAGAAGCCAACUGAUGGAGAGCCCACUGCUAAGCAGAACAACCUUUCCGCUCCAACACAACAAAAAAAACCUGAUGAGAGCCAAGCGCCCAAACCAGCGAAGAAGAAGAAGGCGAGAAGAGAGACAUGAGACUGAGUCCCCUCUGCAGACCUCUGUAUGCAAAGGACUUCAUAUCCUGUUUAUGCAACACCUUUUGUGACAAGAACUUUGAACUAAGGUCUUCAUGAUGGACUCAAACCUUAAAAACCAGUUGGGAAAAUGAAACAACUUUUGUACACGUCCAGUGUCAGCCGAUGGAUCGUUGAAAAUUGAACCUAGAUGCAGUGCAAUCUAAUGUAACGCGGUGUUAAUGAUUUUUAAGUAUAAAUUUGAUACUCUUGAUUCUGUCUUCUAAUUCCACUGAAUCAAAUAACUGAAAGAGCUGUAUUGUAGUAAUUAGAUGUAGAAAAUACUGAUCUUGUUUAGAAAUCUUGAUGUUGUGGCUAACGGCUGGAGUUUCCUGUGUAGAGAAUGAAAACGGUCAACAUGCUUCAGGUCCCUCAACGCUGGGCCAGGAUGUCGAGCUGGCCUUUGCUUUUGCAGUCUUUUAUUUUGUGAGCCAUAAUGGUACAGUGAGCGCUGUUGGUCCAAAAGAGCUGAGAGAUCAAAUGUUUAUUUCACAUGAACGGCUCAACACGACGUGAACAUUUUUGACUUGUAUGAUACCGAAAAGGGAAAUCAUGUCUGCUCUGUAUUUCUGCAUUUCUAUCUGUGACUACAACACUUCAAUUGACUCUGUCCAUCUGGUUUGUCCCUUGUCUGAUGUUGUACUGCAGUGUUUUGAGACAACCGUUCCCUUGCUGUUUUUACUAUCUGUGACUGCUUUGAGGCCAGAGCCGUGUGGGAGCCUCCGAUCGUAGAUGUACCGUUGCAGUGUCAUCAGCCUCUUCUUGAUUUUCCACCUGUGGUUGAUUCAAAAGUCUUCAGAACCUUUUGUAAAACCAGUUUGUAAUAAAAGAAAAGCUAAAGCCAUAUGUAAAAAGACUAAAUAAAGGCCAGUUUUUCUAUA